UCUCGAUUUAACGACGACGACAGCCAAUGCAAUGGCCGCAAACCUGAAGAGGAAGCGAGGACAAGAGGAUGAUCCCCGCAAAACUCGAAAAUUAUCGCCUCCAUUUGAUUCUGAUGAAGAGAAUAACGUUGCGUUAGAUGGAACCGACGAGGACGACGGAGAAGAUGACAAUCCUCCUGAUGGAGAUGACGAGGAGUGGGGCGGUAUUGAGCUUACCGGUGUAACAGAGGGCGGUCAUAUUUCCAAGGGAAAACCAAAGAAACCGCCUACCGGCGUGGAAGUCCGAGAAAUGAAAGAAGCAGCAGACCUGUUUAGGUCAACCAGCUUCAAGCUGCAGAUUGACGAACUUUUGCCUAAUGUACGACCAAAGGAGAAAUAUAAACCACCACUGGAACAAUUCCUUUUGUCGCUGCACACAUUUAUACUGAACGUCCCAUCCUCACCCCCGAUACAUCCACUUGAAGCUGCUCGACCUCUUCUGAAAAAAGGUAUAUCUAUACCAUACCCUAUCCCACUACCAACCGAGGACUCCAAUUGGAAGGUAGCAUUUGCGCCGCCCAGUAACAUAACACUUGUUGGUAGCUGGGGCAACAAAACCUCAGUCAAAGGCAUGGAUGGUAACAAGUUCGGUGUCGAUGUAGCUGUUGAGAUGCCCGAUAGUCUCCUCCAAGAAAAGGACUAUCUGAAUGGUAGAUUCUUCCAUAAACGAUCGUUCUAUCUUGCAAAGCUUGCGGAAGCAAUAUGCGACAAGAAGCACGGACUGAACGUGGAUUGUUCCUACCAUUCAUUGUCUGAUAAUCCCCGGCUCACCAAGCUAAUCCUUGAGCCACGUCCUGGUGUCACCAAGAACGACUUUUCAAAGCUCAAAGCUCAGGUUUGCAUUAUUCCUGUUCUAUCGCCAUCAUCCCCUAUAUCUCUCCAACGCCUCUCUCCCUCACAUUCAAAUGUUCGUUCUUCCGAGGAGACACGAGUACCCACCCCUUUGUACAAUACUGCCCUGCUUACUUCGCUUACCCCGUCCUCUCAUCUUAUUUCAACCCAUGCUCUUCAGCAGGAGGCACCUGCAUUGAGCGAUGCUUUGACUCUGUUGCGUAUAUGGACAAAUCAGCGGGGCUACUGUGAAGGUUCUACUCCUGUCAUUCGCGGCUUCGAAGGAAAAGGGCCAUGGUGGGUCUCUAUAUUACGUGUUCUAAUCCUCGGAGAGGAAACAGGAAAAUCAAAACAAAAACCUCUUGGACGGGGUCUGAGCUCCUAUCAACUUUUCAAGGCAGUAAUCGACUUCCUUGCAACGCACGACUUCCAAGCACAGCCUGUCUUCGUCAAGACUGAAGGAGGUGACAAGUAUCCUAUGGAAGAGUACAGCUCGUAUCAUGAAGCCGUUUUUGUUGACGCUUCUUCACGUGUCAACCUUCUGGCAGAUGUUCCUCUUGGGUCCCUGGAUCUGCUUCGGUACGACGCCAAGGAGACACUUCAGAUACUGUCCUCGUCGUCUUCGUCAUUCGAUCCAUUCACAGAGGCCUUUCUACGGGAUCGCAGACAUUUGAGCACAAGAUUCGAUGCAAUAAUUCGUGUAGACCUCUCCACUUCAAAGCCACGCCAAAGUUCACUUCAUUCAACAAUCGACCAUGGAUCACCCCACAACGCUCUCCUUGCCUCCAUGUCCACCCUCCUGCGCCAAGGUCUAGGAAAUCGUACCAAGGCUGUAACUAUUCUCCAUCCGUCGUCCACCUCCCGUCCACUAUCCCAGGCACACCCAUCUAACGACCACAUCAUCUUCCUGGGCUUUAUUUACGACCGAGAGCAUGCCUUCCGUCAAGUCGACCGUGGUCCUGCAGCAGACGAUCCGAAUCCAAGCCACGCUGCCAGUUUCAAAGAGCUAUGGGGUGACAAAGCGGAGCUGCGCAUGUUCAAAGACGGAAGGAUCGUUGAAAGCGUAGUGUGGGACAUCAAGAAUGCUGAUGACAAAGUCCAUCUUCCGGUGCAAGUUACCAGGUACAUCCUAGAACGCCAUUUUGGAAUUGAGGACGCUCAGUCAUGGUAUUCGUCCUUCGAUUCUCUUCUCCGUCUUCCCCAGGAAAUCUCCAAAAUGUAUCUGGAAUCGGGCAUUGCCGUUGGCUUCAAGGGAGCCCUGAUGGCCUUUGAUGGCCUCGUCAAAGGUAUCAAAGCCCUAGACGAUGAUCUUCCUCUGUCGAUUCUGAACAUCAGUCCUGUAUCCUCUUACCUUCGGUACACAAGCACCUUCAGUCCUGUCCCACUACCUUCCAAAUUACUUCCCUCUACUCCGUCAAACGCAUCAUACCUCCAUGCCAUACCCAUCAUCAUGCAAUUUGAGAAAUCUGCCAAGUGGCCCGAUGACCUCAAGGCUAUACAAACUGUGAAGCUCGCCUUCUUCGAGCACAUAGCAGGCUCGUUGAUGAAGAGUAUAUCCGGUUUAAGUGCGUCGGUCAUGGUCGGGGGAUGCGGUGGCGAGGAUGAUGAUCCCACAAUGGAGAUCCUUACCGUCGAGGGUUGGGCGUUUAGCGUGAGGAUAUGGCAUGAUCGCGAACUCACCCUUUUGGAGAGAGUGAUCAAUACCACCUCAGGACACAUUGCUCCUCAGCCGGGACAGAACAAGAAGAAAGGGAACGGGUAUCACAAUGCAGUCGCGGCAAAGGAGCUAUACUUGCGCAGGUUCAUCCAUGCGCCGAGGCAUCAUAGAGCAAUAUCAAGACUGCAUCAUGUGUUUCCUGCCUUUACAUCCACCGUAAGGUUGGUGAAGCGGUGGUUCGCGGCACAUUGGCUGCUAGAUGGUCAUGUGAGCGAGGAGGCCGUCGAACUGAUUUGCGCGUUCUUCUUUGUGAAGGCAGGAUGGGAGCGGGAGCACGAACAGACUGGUUCCAGCGGCGGCGGCAAUGUGCCAGGAAGCAAGGAACGGGGCUUCUCCAUGGUUAUGGAGUUUUUGCAGAGUUGGAAGUGGGAGGAGGGCCUCGCUCUACCGCUCUACGAAGAAGGCAAAGAAGAACCCGUGCAGGAUAGCAAGAUUUCCGGUGAAGGGGUAUGGGCAAUCAGGACAGAGAUGGACAAGACUGGACGGGUUUGGACCUGGAAAGGACCUGAUGCGAUUGUCGCCCGUAGGGUGCAGGCGUUAGCUAAAGCGACCUGGACGCAUCUCAAGAGUGUCGAGCGUGGAACGGAGAAUAUACAUCCGAUGUUCAACCACCCCACUGGCGAUUAUGAUUUCGUUGUUCGACUGGAUCCCACAGUCCUUCCUCGGUACCACCAAAAUAUUCGUCCGGACCUUUCCCUUCUAUCUCGAAGGCAGGGAAAAUAUUCCAAUCUACAGUCGGAAGAUGCGGAUAAAGCAACUGUUGUCAGACCAGGAUACGAUCCAGCCCAAGCGCUCAUACGGGAUCUCAAGAAAAUCUACGCCGAUACGUUCAAAAUCUUCUAUGACCCCUACGGCGGUGACUCCUUUGGCGGGGUUUGGGAUGCCACGCUAGUAAAGGAGCCCAGACCAUUCAGAGUUAUGGGAGGUUUCUCAAGUGCACCUCAAACCGUCAAGGGUGAGAAAUCAAAAAAAGAGAAGAACAAGACGAGGGAUCUGGUUGUAUUGAAUCAAGCCGCAGUGCUUGGUGAGAUUGAGCGGUUGGGCAGGGGAAUAGUUAAAAGUAUUACUACUCGUUCGUAGCGUUAGUAGGACUUGAAGGGUAUACCACAUCUUCGUUUGUUGGGUGUGCAGAGGCUAUUUCAUCUGACACGGACAGGCUCUUUAAGUUCUCC